AUGCUCAGUCUAGCCCGCAAGACUUUGAACCGCGUUCCCAGCUUCCAGGAUAUCCUACAAGGCAGGAUGACCCACCCCGAUAUCUCUGUUGACGUCCUCGUCAUUGGUGCUGGCCCAACUGGCUUGGGUGCCGCGAAGCGUCUGAACCAGAUUGAUGGCCCCUCGUGGCUGAUUGUUGACUCCAACGAGAUUCCCGGUGGUCUUGCUUCCACCGACGUGACACCCGAAGGCUUCCUUUACGAUGUCGGUGGCCACGUUAUCUUCUCCCACUACAAGUACUUCGAUGACUGCAUCAACGAGGCACUCCCCAAGGAUGACGACUGGUACGAGCACCAGCGUAUCUCUUACGUCCGUUGCAAGGAACAAUGGGUUCCCUACCCUUUCCAGAACAACAUCUCCAUGCUUCCCAAGGAGGACCAGGUCAAGUGCAUUGACGGCAUGAUCGAUGCUGCUCUCGAGGCUCGUGUGGCCAACACGAAGCCCAAGGACUUUGACGAGUGGAUUGUGCGCAUGAUGGGAACAGGAAUUGCCGAUCUUUUCAUGAGACCAUACAACUACAAGGUCUGGGCUGUACCCACCACCAAGAUGCAAUGCGCUUGGCUCGGAGAGCGUGUUGCCGCUCCUAACGUCAAGGCCGUGACGACCAACGUCAUUCUCAACAAGACCGCUGGCAACUGGGGUCCUAAUGCUACUUUCCGUUUCCCCGCGCGUGAUGGUACCGGUGGUAUCUGGAUCGCCGUUGCCAACACUCUUCCCAAGGAGAAGACUCGCUUCGGUGAGAAGGGCAAGGUCACCAAGGUGAAUGCCAGAAACAAGACCGUUACGCUCGGCGAUGGCACAACCGUCGGUUACAAGAAGCUUGUUUCCACCAUGGCUGUCGACUACCUCGCAGAACAGAUUGGCGACCAGGAAUUGGUAGGCCUUACUAAGGAACUCUUCUACUCUUCCACUCACGUCAUUGGUGUCGGUAUCCGUGGUGCCCGCCCCGAGCGCAUUGGCGACAAGUGCUGGCUCUACUUCCCCGAGGACGACUGCCCCUUCUACCGUGCCACCAUCUUUUCCAACUACUCCCCUUACAACCAGCCUGAUGCUUCUAAGAAGCUUCCUACCCUACAGCUCGCAGAUGGCUCCAAGCCCACGAACACUGAGCCCCAGGAGGGCCCCUACUGGUCCAUCAUGUUGGAGGUUUCCGAGUCAUCAAUGAAGCCUGUCAACAUUGAAACUCUUCUUGCCGACUCUAUCCAGGGUCUCGUCAACACCGAGAUGCUGAAGCCCGGCGACGAGAUCGUCUCCACCUACCACCGCCGCUUCGACCACGGUUACCCCACCCCCUCUCUAGAGCGUGAGGGAGCCCUCACUCAGAUCCUGCCCAAGCUGCAGGCUAUGGACAUCUGGUCCCGUGGUCGGUUCGGCAGCUGGCGGUACGAGGUCGGUAACCAAGACCACUCGUUCAUGCUCGGUGUCGAGGCCGUCGACAACAUCGUCAACGGCUCCGUCGAGCUCACACUCAACUACCCCGACUUCGUCAACGGCCGCCAAAAUACCGAGCGACGCCUCGUUGACGGCGCUCAGAUCUUCGCCAAGAACAAGGCGCAGUAA